AUGGAUAUUUUUACGGUAAACGCGGACGAUUUGUUGACGUACGUGCGGGAACAAAAGCAACAGCGAUUGGCCACCUCGACGAACGAAGCGAAGCGGAAAACUCCGUCAAUUAGUUUGACCAUUGGUAUUAUAAUAGUAAAAUACAUCCUUAGGCACAACUCGGAUGGUAUACUAAGGAGUAUUUAGCUAAAUAAAUACGAUUUCGGAUUUGUUUUUAUUUAUUUACUAGACAAUGGGAAAUACAGGGUGAUUUACUAAGCGCGCGGGGACAAGAACCCAAACAGAAAAAAGACCGAGAAUGAGAUGGAAAAAUGUCGUAAAGAAGGACGUGAAAGAGCUAGGAAAGAGGAACAGAUUGGAAGGCUCGAGCAACUGAUCGGGAUGGACGGAAAGCUGGAUGUAUAUGACGGGAUGGUCGUGAAAGCAGCGAUACCCUCCCCCUCUCCUCUCCACCCCCCCCCCAAAAAAAAAAAAAAAGAACGCACCUGGACUUUUUACGAAACGUCGCGAUUUCCGAGCCGUUCGAGUGACGUUUCUACCGUCGUACGGAACGCUCGAACGCGACCCGCGGUCAGGUCAUGUCAGGCCGUGGGAAUCGCUCGACCGGCGCGUUUUUCGUAAUACUCUAAUUUUCAGACGACGAUAGCGUUCCGAGCGUGUGUUUCGCCGAAACGUUAUGCGUCGUGGAUGAUACCGGGAAAGAACUGGGCGAAUUCGUCGGCAAAAUACGAACGUACGGUACGAACGUCGCCGGUACCAAGUCGAUAACGGUCAACUUGCACGCGACGAGCGUUUCCGACGACGGCGACAAAGCCGAGACGUCCGUGAUCACGAACACCGCGUCGAAUUUCGAUUCAUACGAGGAAAAAUGGUCGCAGCGGUAUUUAUAACGUCCGAUAAUUAUUAUUGACGAUCGUCUGCGCACAAUUAUUUGUAUUUGUCUCGAUAGUGGCGUACUUGAGAUUUGGCGAAGGCGGGAAAUAUUGAAUUUUGAAAUAUUUUGUUACAUAGAUUGUUUAAUGUGUAUCUAUAGGUUGAAAAUAAAAAGAAACGAGCAAACAAACCUAAUUUUAAAUUCAUAUUUUUUUUUUUUUUUGUAACUAUAUUUCAUAAUUCAAUCAGCACUCUAUAACAUUAACGUUGAAAUAUUGUUAUUAGUGUAGUUAUACUAUUCUAAGAAUAAUACUGAGAAUAAUUUUGUCCCCAGUCCCCGUUUUCUUGACUAUUGGUUAUUUCAGUGUAUUUUAUUGUUUUACAAAACAAAAGCUCGUAUGAAAAUUAUUUCCACCAACCCCAAAUUUUUAUAAAAAAAUAAACUAUUGCCCGAGGUACUGGUAGAGACAUCCACAAUUUGUGGAACUGUAAUCAGCGGUGGAUCCGCAGUUGAAUUUUAGGGGAGGUCUCCUGAAAAAAGACAACCAAGUAAAAAAUAAAAAAAGUGAUUACGGGGGAUGGGUGUAUUGCAACCUGGUGCAACCACUAUUGUAAGUGAGAAUUUGAGAAGGUAGGACACAUAUAGUUUUACUAAUAUCUGUAAACCCCUUUAAACAUUGGUAACUUAUUUUUUGAUUAAGUAAGGUUAGGUAACGCUAUUUUUAGGAGAAAGUAUGUCAAUAGACAGAAAAAAAAAAAACUAAAAUAUAUCAUAAUACAAUCAAUAUAUUCAUCGCUCUGCUCCGUUUUUCUUUCUUAAAAAUUUUUUAUUACAGUAUAUGCAUUAAGCUAGUAAUUAUUAUUUGUUGGAGUAAAAAAUGUUGUGUGGUCUAUAGUCCGGAGGGUGUGAGACCUUUGAGCUCCCUAGGCCCUCAACUCACCGCAACAGAGCAGAGACUUGAAUAUGGAUAGGUAGGUACUAUACCACAAUAUUUACCGAUACUAAAUUUAAUUUAAUAAACAGGUAUCCUACAGUAUUAUCCUUAUUUUAAUAAUUUUGUCAAUAUUAUUAUUUUUUUUCAAUCGGGUUUUGAGCGAGGGGGCACAUAUGUAGAGAAACAUUGAAUUUUUAUUUUCGUCCCUUAAUUAUUGAGAAAACAACUUUUAGGAUAACUUUUAAGGCGCCCUGUAUACAUGUAUUACAUACAAGGUUACUACAAGGUAGUAUGAAUGUCGAGUAAAAUCUAAAUUAAUGAAGAUAAAUAUAAAAACUAAUAAUUUUAAAAAGUAAAAGACAUUUUUUUUUUUUUUAUUAAAUAUAUUAUACGAUAAUAGGUCUAAUAAUUAUAGAUUGUAAUAAUUUACCUAAAAUAACCUACGGAUAGGUUUCAACGGGUAUCUUCAAAAAGAUGUUCCUAAAAAGUUUUUAAACGUUGUAAACAUGUUAUAAGUUUGUAAUAUAGUAACGACUAAAACAAAACCUCUUCGAGCGGUCUUAGUAAUAUUACAAUUUGACGUCCCGUAUGAAACACAAAACAUAGAUUUUAGCAAAAAUAUUAGGCCACAUAACAUGUUUAGUGGGUUAGGUAUACUGACGAUCGCGUGUUAAUCGUCCGACGUGUCUAUCUUGGAUAUAUAUAGGCACGAAAAUGAAUCCGAAACGGUGCGCAAAAUGGUUUUGAUAUCGAAAAAAAGCGGCAGCGAGACGUUGGACGUUUGCACGGAGCUGAACGACGACGGGCUGGUCGAUCAAUCGAAAAACAUCGAAUCGAAGUACAUCACGGUGAGGCGAAGGUCCUCUGUUGGACCUCACGACAUUUUAUUUGUUUAUUUUUCCGUUCCGAAAUAUAGGCGUACGCGACUAAAAAUAUCGCAUUUUCGUUUUCCGCAGAGUUUACUCACCGAGGGCAUGAACUACGCGUAUCUACGUUUCCUCGCCAUAAAGGGAUUCGAGGGUUCGAUAAAAACUAAAACGGCCGUCACCAUUAACGGGAGACUGUGCAAAGCGAUUUACGUGCGUGAGCGUAUAAUGUCGAGGAAAAAAUAUAAUAAUAUUCUUAUCAGCGUGUUACGUCGUAGUCCUAAUAUUAUUAUCGUAUACAGAAAUGUUCGGUACGGGAAAAAUACGAAAUAAACAAGGUGUGCGUGCCCGUGGUGAUCGUAAAAAGGAUUUUGGUCGAGGAGAAAUCAUCGGCCCCGUGGAACCUGCAGCAUACGAUGACUACAGUCUUGACCAGGUCCGGUUACACGUUGAAACAUUCUUGGGGACGGAAAAGUGUGGGCGUUACCAGGGAACUGGCAAUCAGCAAAUCGAUGCGGAUCACACAGGACGGUUGCGUUCACAGCGAUUGGAUGCCCGACGCCCUGCUGGAAAACAAUUGGGAUCAAGACAUCUGUCUCAAGUCUAUGUACCUGGACAAAGUCGUAAGCACACGCAUGUAACAAUAACAGUGGCGCGGCGAACGUUUAUGAACAACGAUGCACUAUGUGCAACAAAUCUUUUAGCACCCACCCUAACCCCUUCAUAA